ACAGCGACCUCUGGUGCAUGUUUUGAACGUUCAAGUCUUUCGUUUUGAAUCGCAUCACAGUGCAAAAUCUGAUUAGAUCGACACAUUUUCGCAUAAACAGUUUCUCGUUUACAUUCGACGCCAGAAAGUCCGAGAAUUUUUUUCCAAAUAAUUUUCUUUUGAGUUCAGAAAUUUGCACGUCUUCUAAGCUCCGUUUGAAAUUGGAUUUCAUUACAUUGUGUACAGAAUACAGUGUUUGGUGUGGAUAUUCGCUCAAUUUAGCUCCAGCCAGACGGACACGAAAAAAAAAACACACCGAUACCGUUUGUUAGACCACACACACCGCACGACACUUGCUUGCAACAACACGAAAAACCAACAUAGUUUGCAAAACACACGAUUGGUGUGAGAGAGACGACAGUGUAGUUUGAUUGAAAAAACAACGACGAAGCGUUGCUCAAGCCAUUGUGUGCACCGACUCAACACAGUAUUUGACGCGACAUUCACCAGCAAACAACUGAAAACAUGCCGAAAGCAGGACCAUACUAUUUGUACAUGCUCGAUUUCAAACGAGAUGAAGAGCAAAAACGUGGCCGCAAUUUAAGCCUGGCCGAGGUUUCGCAAUUGGCGUCGGCAUCAUGGAAUGCGAUGUCCGAAGAUGACAAGGUUUACUACAAAGAAAAAGCCAAAGGUGGUGCGGUGAAAGUGGCACGGCCACGUUCUUCAUGCAACAGCAGCACCAAAUCAUCUCAGUUGUACACAACACAAGGUGUCCUAGUUUCCCUCUACGAUGAGGAGAAGCGCAAAGAGAAGGAAGAUCAGGAAAAUAUGCGUAAACGCAUCGGCAAUAUGGUCCAGCAGCUUCCGCUCUUGUCAGAUUUUCUCGAUUAUCCGAUUUACUUGAUGUAUGGCAAUUACUUUUACAAGAACAACGAGGGCAUUCAUUGUCCAGCCGAAAUCGGCUUGGUUAAAUUCACCUUUCGUGAUGGCAUCUUGAAAAGACACCACGAAUUCAUUCAGCCAGAAAAAACCGAACUUGGUUAUGCAUACACGGCAAAGGCUCAUUCGGAAGAUACACAUCGCUUGCCACCGCCAUCGCUUCACACCAAAGCCUUUGGCGAAAAAAAUUUUCAACGCGUUUUUUACAACAUAAAUAAGUUCAUGCGUGCCGAUGGUGUACCGGUUUUUGACGGAGGAAAUCCGAUCAUUUUCACGUACAACGAUCCGCACGCCAGCGAAGGUAAUCAGAUUGAAGUUCUGAAGGAUUUCCUCAAUCAGUUCGCUGAACCGAAUGCUCCGAACAUCGAUGUGUAUCCGUUGACGCGCUUGUUCUACGUGUUGCGCAAGGAAUUGGCAACUCGGGGCAAAUUUGAUGACAUCCCGAACGAAGGCUUCACCAAUGUGUUCCUAUCGCGCGAUCCAUACGAAACGACCGGCGGAAUCAGUUGCGAGUAUCACGAGGAGAAGGAUGCAACACGUCAUUGCGCACUGAGCCGUGUUCAUCGUUUGUCAUUCUUGUUGGCAGAUCAUUUCUGUAAGCCGUUAGGCGUUCGUUUAGUUGCCGGCCAACAUCUUCCGCCGAAUGCGGACCUAUCGAAUUCGUUGCUGUCAUUGCGAAGUGAAUCAACGGCCAGCACCACAAAUUCGAUUAAGCGCGAAAGUGAAGGCGAAAGCGAAAAACCAAGUCCAGAAGCAGAGCCGAAGCUCGCUCGUUCGGUUGCUGGUCCCCAUAUUCGAGCAUCGGCAUCGACACUCAACUUUGACGCUCAAUCGGUUCAAACGGCAUCAUCAUCGAAUGCACCGCGAGCAAAACGACCAUCGCGCGGAUCACUUGUUCACGCACAAACACUCGAGGCACAAUCACAGAUUACCUCCAGCACAUUUUACAAUCGUACAUAGAUUGCAAGAGCAAAUUCGUUAUGGCGAUUAAAUGCAUAAAAUGCAUGAUUGUGCCCAAACCUUAGCGUUUAAUUCAAAUCAGAAUUUGAAUAUCAUCAAUCAUAAUUUAAAUUUUGACAUGUGAAACAACGAAAAUUGUCAAUAAAAAACAUAUUAACUUUUGCGAAAA